CACUCUCUCUCACACACACACACUCUGUUGUUUCUGUUUCAGCACGUGUUUGAGCCUGUCAGUCGUUCAGUGUUUAUUUUAAACUGUUUUCUUUACUUUACUUUACUUUAGUUUGAAAUGCUGUGUAGUUUGUAUAAUUUUCUGUUCAUAUUUCUCAUCGUUUGUUUUGUUUGUUUGUUUUUGUUUAUUUCUCCAGCGUUCCAUGUUCCUUUGUCCCCCGCAGAAGUUCGUCCUGGCAGCGUGAGAAACAUCAUUCAGCAGUUUGAGAAUAAUUCAGACUCCAUUGAAGAAGGGGACAGUGAGGGACAGCAGUUGUCUUCCAGCAGCUUUGGAGAGGACAGCAUGGACAGUCCGACCAUAUCGGUUCGUUUGGCUCGCAGCGAGUCUUUGAAGGCUCAGGGGGAGGGGCGUCGGCGAGGAGGCGGGCCGGGGGCGGAGUCUGUCCCUCGUUCCCGUAGCGAUGUGGACAUGGAGGACUGUGAGGAGAGGGAGGGGCCGGGACUGAGGCCGUUACAUCACAGCGCCUCGUCUUCAGCCUCCAGCAGCUCGGCACGAUCGCUGGAGAACCCGACGCCGCCGUACACGCCUCGCUCUCAGCGCAGGAUGCUGGACGCUCCGGCGGCUCUGUUACCGGACGCGCCGGCUCUGGACGAGGACGUGAUCGACUCGCAGAACUGGCAGGAGACGGUGGAGCCGCACGUUCUGGCGUCACUCAGCUCACGGGAGAUCGACCGGCAGGCCGUCAUCUACGGUACACGCUUACACACGCACACACUGAAGUCAGAUCUUAUGACAUGUUUGCCUGAGCAAAGGCAGGCCAUUUGGAAACCUGUUUGA